UCAGGCGGGGCGGGGAUGGGGGAAGAGAGGGCGCUGAGGUGUCGGAUGGGGCUGAGCUCGGAGGGGCCGGGGCGGGGCGCGCUGGCGAAAACGAAAGCGAAAGGCGAGAGCGGACACGGGGCUCCCGGUAGCACGGUCCCGGUGGGCGAGGCAGGACGGGGCUCCCCGCGGGACCGGGGCUCCGGGCCGUGUGCCGCCAGCGCCGCGGGGAUGGAUUCGGAGGAGGAGUCCUUCGUCCGGCUGCAGGACCCCGAGCAGCUCCGGCAGGAGAUCGAGCGGUGCAAGGAGCUUUACAGUGUUCUGGAGCAAGACCAUGCAAAGCUACAAAUGGCCAAGGAAGCUGCAGAGCAAAGGACACAAGAGCUGAAUAAAGAAGAACUUCAUAACACUUUUGAGCAACAAUUGUCUUUAGAUGGAGAUGAAGAAAGAGCCCAGCAGAUUUUUGCAAUAAAGGAGGAGAACAACAGACUGAGGCAGGAGAAGGAGGUUCUGAAUAAUAAACUGGAAGAACUGAAGAAAAGGGCCUUCUGGAAUGAUCCUGUGAUGAUGCUGUCUGCCUUGCCGGAAAAGAAGAUGAUCUUUAAGGGACUCACAGCAAACAAGGAGGACAUGAGCAAGCUGAUGCUCACCCCCUUGAUCCACUACCCUCUGCCAGGGGGCUCAGCUCUCAUCACCUUUGAGGAGGCAGAGGUGGCCCAGAGGAUCAUACAGAGGAGGGAGCACACGGUGGAGCUGAGCUGUGGGGAGCUGGAGGAGCUCGACCAGUGCAGAAUGCGAGUGCAGGCAGUGCCAGUGGACAUCCUGCUGCCAUCUGCCCUGGAGAUCAGGAUGACGCACAGCAGGAGGAGCAUCCUUGUGUCUGACUUGCCCAGCCUGGACAUCUCCAAGGAGGCACUGCUGGACAAGCUGGAGCUCUUCUUCAGCAAGACAAAGAAUGGGGGCAGCGAGGUGGAGAGCAGGGAGUUCCUGGAGGACUCUUGCCACGUGGUGCUGACCUUCACACAGGAUGGAGUGGCAGAGCCGUUAAUUGAAAGAGGACAUAUCGAGAUGCCCAUUGGGAAAGGGAAAUACAAAAUCAAAAUAUCACCGUGCAUGAGUGGAGACAUCUCUAACCUGCAGCUGCAGCCCUCCCGCUGCCCCACGACCGUCCUGCUCCUGGGCAUCCCCGAUGUGCUGGGUGAGGAGGCCAUGAGAGACGUCCUGGAGAUCCACUUCCAGAAGCCCAGCCGCGGCGGCGGGGAGGUGGAUGCCCUCGCCUACGUCCCAGCGGGGCGGACAGGGGUGGCCGAGUUCGUGGAGGACACGGGCUAGUCCUGGCCAGCUACGGGCUAGUCCUGGCCAGCCCGAGGCUGAGGAGCUCCGUGCGUCCGUUGACCCGCGGGCACGGGGGGAAUUAAAGCGUCUGUUGGGAGCA